UAUACAAAAGACACUUCCACUUCAGUCCUUCUUCGUGCGGCUCACCAACCGGUCUACGUUACGACAACGACGCACGGGUCUAGUUCGAGUCUAACAUCGAAAUCGAGAGCUUGACUAAAAAGUAUCGAGACGAGAGCGAGUUUUUCCUCUCCCUUUCGUUUUAUCGAAUCCGACAAAAUAUCGCUCUGUUCCGACGACGACGAUAACCGAGAACAGAGAACUGACACACGACCGCGUGCCGGUGGUGUUUAACGAACUCAUCAUCCGUUUCAGCAGGCGUGCCGCAUCUCCUCGCAUUUUAGCUCCUAUCAUUAUCAUCAUCGUCGGCCUUCUCCAUUUAUCUGUUUAUCUAUCGGCAAACGGCUACGGCUACGACUACGAGACGGCUAAACGGCAGGCAAAAAGCAAACCCAUUGAAUUUGUGGCGUAAUAUAGCUCGCACUGAUUUGCGGUCUGCCGGCAAUAAUCGGGCUAACAGCUGCACAGAUUGGAUUGGAGCUUUUUAUUCGUCGUUUCGUUGUAUAUCUUCGUGUUGUAGGUUAACAGUAAAAGCAAAAGAGGGCAAGUGAAGAAGAAUUAUACGUGAGGAUUCACGUGCUAAAAGGUUCUCUUCUCCGUCGCGUCGUCCUCGUCACUCCACUUGCAGUGCAUCCUACCGACUUUUAUAUCGACAACGACAUUCGGGGGUCGGUAUUUUUGUUUUCUUUUUGGUGAAUUACCGACCGUCACGUUUUACCAAACCGACCGAUGAUAUGUUUGUUCUUUGAAUAUUGAAAGUUUGCUGCAUUAUCAUCCGAAUGCGAGUGCGAAUGAGAAUGAGAGUUGCGUGAGGCAGCGCCAACGUUAGAUGAAGAGCGUGGUGGUGGUGCUAGUGCUUGAUUGGUUAAACAAGAACGACCUUUGAGUGACAGGAGUAAUGUAUCCGAUAACUUUGGUGCAAUAAAAAGUGAUUCUGAGAUUCUGAUUGUGUUCUUCUUCGUCGGUCAAGUCGAAGAGCGAAGACGACCCUUCUUGACGUUCGUGACGUCUUGACGUUCGGUUGUUCUGUGUUUCGGUUGUUCCGUCAUUCAGUCGUCGCAUCGAGUCGUCGUCGGUGGUGCUGUUGGCUGUUCAGUUCUGUUCGUCUUCUGCAGUCCUCAUAUUUUACACUUGAGAGUAUCUGUGUUCUUUUUGUCUUUAUUCUCUUGGCAUAGAUUCAUUCUUUUUCGGAUUCGGAUUUGGAUUGUUUUUCUUUUUUCGAUUUUGUCUUGUUUGCUUUUGUGUUGCCAGUUGCCAUGCUACUCUACGAUAGUUUGUCUGGCUCUUGUUUUAGUGGCGUGUUUCUGUUGUGCUGCUACUGACGCUGCUGGUGCUGUGCUGCUGCUGCUGCUUCUGCUGCAGCUACUGCAACUGCUGCGGUUGACGUUGAAGUUGAAGAACUGUGAAUGCUUUAAAAUAGCUGCAGUGCGGUUUGAUUUGUGCUGCUCAUUCGGUUUUCUAUUCUGUUUCUGUCCACUACGCCGGCCGCGUCGCUGCUGCUGCUGUGUUACUGUUUUAUUGGUGUGGUGUUUAUUUUUCGACUUGCCUCAUCUUUUAAAGUGCAUCAGCCUUCAGCUAUCGGGUACCUUAAGAGUGAAGAGAAACACGAAAUAUCUGAAUUCAAUAAAAUCGUUAUCGUUAUCGUAAUCGUAGCUUGAAGCUUGAUGCUAAUGGUUUCGUCGAUAUAAAUAAAGAUUCACUUACUGUGAUUCAAAUAUGUGCCAUUGCCAGUUCUAGUGCCGGUAGGAGUUGUCAUCCUGUCCAGUCAUCGUGGUAUCUAUCUUCUUUUUGGCUUUUGGUUUUGGUUUUGAUCCUGCUCUGGAAACGAAAUAAAUCACAAGAGAUAUCAAAACGGAAUCGUUACUAAUUGAAUUGGUGUUUGGAUUUGGAGUACGUUUUGUUUCCUGGUGUUUUGUUGGGCAGUCCUGUUCUGAUGCUGUGCUGUGGACCUGUGGUGCAGAAUUUAAGGAAUUCAAUUUGGAUACUACCUCGACAUAUAUGAGUGUAGACUAAUUAUUAUUCUGUCCUCUUCUCAGUACGAGAUAUCAAAUACCACAAUUUCAUAUCUUCACAAUGAGCUGAAACUUACCUUUAACUACGUUAAAACCUAAGCAAGUCUAUAAUCAAAAGUAUUCAUCAUAUCGAAAUGCUGUGAAAAAUAAAACUACAAAAAUAAACAAAGAACACAAAACAAGAAAAUUUCGUUUAAUUUUGGAAAAAAUUCAAAAAUUAUGGCCACCAAAACAUUAGUACAAAACAAUAGAACAACAUCAUCUGCCGAGUCAAUUCAACAAUUAUCAUCAAUAUCGUUAAUGCUCGAAUACGAUAUUGACAAUACUUUGAAUACAAUUAAAGAGAACGGCCAUUUGAUGAAGGAAAUCAAAAUUCCAAGAGAUUGCCGGCCCAAGCUGGAGAUCAAUAACAAUGAGAAAUUGAUGAUGAGCCAAAGUCCGCCUUCGCCAGCGUUAUCAACAAAUGCUCGUAAAAGAUGGAAGAUUCUAGCAAAAGUUCUACGUAAAGACUCGGAGGAGACCGUUUCGUCAGAGGAUGAAGAGCGUACAGCUUCAGUACGUCGAUUUAAGAGCUUUGAUUUACUGAAACAGGACAGUUUCGAAGACCACAUAGCUUUAAAUUGCCUUGGCAAACCCGACAAUUGGUACAAAUACAAGGUUCUCAUUGGACCAAUCGAACAUUCAGUUAAUAUUCAUCAUAUCGACCGUCACCUGACCGCCAACGACUUGAUGGGCUUUAAUAAUACUGGAAAUAUAUGCGUGUGGCCCUCGGAAGAGGCACUUACAGUCUUUGUUCUCUCCGAUCUGGACAACUAUCGAGGUAAAUGGAUAUUAGAAUUGGGCGGUGGAAUGACUUGCCUAACUGGAUUGAUGCUCUCAAAAUACUCUAAACCAUUUGCUGUCCACCUUACCGACGGCAAUGAUGUGUCGGUGGAUAACGUCAGAAAAACCGUCUGCCUUAAUGAACUCUCCUGCUACACCAAGUGCUCGGUUUUAAAAUGGGAAGAUACUGCAGCUCGUUCGAUAAAUGAAUUCGAAAAAUUCGAUUGUAUUCUUUCGGCGGAUUGUCUAUUCUUCGAUGAAGCACGUUCCGCUCUUGUAGACACAAUUUGGUUUUAUCUCUCGCGAGAAGGUGAAGCUCUAGUAAUGGCUCCUCAACGUGGUAAAACUCUAACGCUAUUUGUCGAAGAAUGCUUACGAAAAGGUUUCAAUUGUGAUGUGGUUCAUCGUUAUAAUGAGAUUAUCUGGCAGAGACAUUUGGAACUCCAGGGAACCGAACUUUACGAUGAAAAUAUUCACUACCCCGUCCUGAUGAAGUUGACAAAACCUCCUGCGCCUAUUGUAUAUGAUUAAUAGAAAUCAAUUCGAAAUAAACAAAAUUUUAUUCCACUAUAUAGAAAUUUAAUUAAUUUAAAAUAAUAAAUUCAAAGUCAAAUUAAUGAGAACCAAACAAAGGACAGUCCACUCCGCUUAACUGACAAUGACAGUUGACCAUACAGAUUGGGAAUUUAAACAUCCGUGUUAUUUAAAGACGAUGUAAUCACAGAAGCUGAAUGAAAUGUCUGUCAUUUUAUUUAAAUUUGUUAUUAUUUAUUUAUGUUUCAAUAAAUUGAUCAAAUAAGUGGAGUUGACUGUUAACCAUAAUUGUAACCAUAAUUUAAACCAAAAAUAAAACGAUUGAAUGUGGUGUAAAGAUGUUGGAUUGUAAGAUUGUGCAUAUUAUGCUUAGUAUACCAAAAAGACCAAAGAAUUAUAGAUAUAUAUAUUUAUUAGAAUAUAAUUGAACGAUGAGCGCUACUUAUAUAAACUACUUAUUACUUAUGUACACUAAAUUAUAUAUGUUAAUUAUAUAUACAAACUACCUUACCUACAACUAUAGUAAAAUCCCUCGUUCUAUCGUUCUGGAACGUGUAUUAUUAUUCCUUUCGUUGUUAAUAAGAUUUAUAAAGUAUUAUUUAUCAAAACAUUAUAUUUAAAUACUCGAUUGAUGAAAUAUAAUGUUUUUAAUUUUUAGUCUAAUUGAUCCAUUUUUAGUAUAAUUUAUCUGUUAAAUAAAAGAAAACAGAUACAAAAAAGAUGAAGAAUAAGAAAAGGAAAUAUAAGAAAUGUUUGUGUUUUACGUAUAUAUCGUAUAAUUCUGUAUGUAAAUUAUAAGCAGACGUUAUUUGAUAAACAAAUAAAUCAAAAGUACGUUAAUUUAUGGUAAAUUAAA